AUGGCCUCCAUCUCCGAGCUCACCUGCAUCUACUCUGCCCUCACCCUGCAGGAGGACGAGGUGACAGUCACAGAGGACAAGGCCCUGGCCAGUGUCAACAUUGGGAGCCUCAUCUGCAGUGUAGGGGCUGGUGGGCCUGCUCCAGGAGCUGGAACGGCGCCUGCUGCUCCAGCUGAGGAGAAGAAAGUGGAAGCAAAGAAGGAAGAAUCUGAGGAGUCUGAUGACGACAUGGGCUUUGGUCUUUUUGACUAAACCUCUUUUGUUAACAUGUCCAAUAA